AUGGACAACACACAGCUACCUUUGGAAACCAUAACCAAGUCAGAGAAGGUAAGAGACCAACGACAUCACAAAACAUUGCAGAAUUCAAGCAGAGAUAUUCAGGACUACAUCAACGAAGGAAUAUCAAACAUAAUAUCAAACUCUGACUACAACUUGGACAACAUUAAACUCUUUCAAAAGGAGACACUCGAUCUCAACACACCAGACGAGACAUAUUUGAACUCACUGCUGAAAAACGAUGAAACCAACAAAUCAAGUUUAACACACAUAGACGACACUAACGAGUUGAGAUCGAGCAUAGACAUGUUUUACCUAAACAGUCUAGGCAAAAACGACACAGAACAGACAGAUUUCAACUACAUGAAGAACCUGGAAAACCACUUACUCUUUUUUGACAACAACGUGCACAACGUAGAACCGAAUUUAUCAUAUCGUUUUGGAUUGAUGGAAAGUGCAAAGAACAACACACUGGUAAACAGCUCGUCAAGUACUAACUACGAUUACAAUGUUAGUAGCUCAGCAAACAGCCCAUACAUAGUCAACAACGAUUACUCGGAGGAGAAGAGCGACAAGAACGUGAAGGAACUGUCGUACGGAGAGCACAUCAUCUACAACAAAAUCGAGACUCUGCAGAGAAUGAUCAAGCACAUGGUCAUGACAAUACACGAAAAGUACAACACGGACUCGACGCUGAGAUACGAAGCGUUCCUGAACGAGACGGUUAACGAGUCGAUCUACGACUUCACACUGGCACAAAUCUUUUCGCAAAAAAACCAAAAGAGGUCGUCAUUGAAGCUGCUGGCAUCACACGGAGUAAUAGGCUCGUUCUUCGGAUCGAACGGACACAGAGUGCAGGCGUUACAGCAGGAGUUCAGCGUCAACGUGUCAGUGACGACGAAGAGAAUACACUUCCCAGGCUCAAACAACAAAGGAGUGCUGCUCAUCAACGGAAAGCUCUACAACAUACUGAAGGUGCUGAGGCCACUGUACAGAGCAAUCCAGGAGGAAGUGAUUAGGCUGUUGAUCGACGACUCAGUGAGAAUAGAGCCCUCGAAAAUAAGGCUGGAAAUCGAAGUGCUGAUACCAGAGUCGCUGAGGUUCACAAUGGACAGAAACAAGCACUUUAAGCAAAUCAUGGAGAUGACGGGAGCGAACAUAAGAGUGAUCAAGCAGACGUACGAAGACGGACCAGUGCAGGAGAGAGUGCUGGUGGUCUUCGGCACGCAGAGCGAAGUGGAGCUGGCAAUAGAAAAAAUAGCACUCAUGAUACAGGACGACGUCGGAUUCAAACACUACAGCUACAUGAACUACCCAGACCUAACAGUUGCAUUAAAUGCAAACGAUUUCACAGUCAGGUAUCACCAAAAGAAAAGCGAAUUUGAUUUGAACAAGUGCAAGAAGAAGUACUCACCAUGA